AUGCUGUGGUCUCGCGCGAUCCUCGGAGGCGCCCUCGCCGUGAGCGGCGCGUCCGCCUUCACGGGCAACACGACCAACUACAUCAACGACCUGUUCGACCAGUCCAUGAGCUUCCUCGACCAGAUCUAUGACCCCACCGCCGGCUACCUGUGGUACUUCUACUACCCUCUCGCCGCCGGAAAGCACGAGACCCGGUCGACCGUUUGGUAUGCCGCCGGUCUGCUGCGCCGGAAUGAAGGGGACGAUGUGGACAAUGCCGUCAAGAUCAUCACGAGUGUCAUUGGUGACCAGCAGAAGAACGUCAGCGCUCAAUGGUUCGGAGACUACACCAAGUAUCCCGAGGAGCCCACAGUCGGCACGGACUGGUACCCUGAGAAGAUCUACAACUCCUGGGACCCCAACUGGCGCGGCUUCAUCGGCACGACCCUGAUCGUGAUCUACGAGGAGUUCGGCGACCUGCUGCCGGAGGACACGCGCACGCUGAUCCUCGAGUCCAUGCGCAACAACACCAUCGGCGACAGCUACCGCGUGGGCGGCGUGGACGGCGACAACCUGUACCCGGCGUACUCGAACCCGUCCAUCAUGCGCGCGGUGGCGUCGGGCUGGACGGGCCGCAAGCUCAACGAGAGCAACAUGACGGCCGCCGGCGAGAUGUACGCGCGCGAGGUGCUGGACCUGUUCGACCGCAACAACACGCUCUCCGAGUUCAACUCGGCCACCUACGCGGGCAUCAGCCUGUUCGCGCUGACGCUGUGGGCCAAGUACAUGCCGGGCGAGGGCGAGGCGGACGCGUCCGUGAUGGGCGAGAACGGCGCCCGCAUGAUCGCCGACAUCUGGACCACCAUCGGCGACAUGUACAACGCCAACCUGCGCAACGUCGCCGGGCCCUGGGACCGCACCUACGGCUGGGACAUGAACCUGUACAUCGGCAUCCUCAACGCCUACAUCUGGUCCAUCGUCGGCGCCGACCGCGCCCCGGGCAUCAACACCGUCAGCAAGGGCGGCCGCACGCCGGCAUGGGCCACCACGCACGCCGACGACUUCGAGAUCGCGCCCCUGCUCGCGGCGCUGAUGCCCUACCACCACACGCUGAUCCCCGACGACGUCGCCAAGAAGCUGGCCGCGUUCCCGGGGGAGCACACGUACUCCGCGUCCGCGCUGUCGCCGCCGUGGGACCUGGCGCAGCGCAACAUCACGACCUGGCUCGGCGAGAACCUCACCAUCGGCGCCGAGAGCUUCGACCAGACCGUCGUGGGCGGCGCGUCCAUCAACCAGCAGCAGUGGGCGCCCGCGGUCGCGCAGUGGCUGCGGGCCGAUGGCAGCGUCGGGUGGUUCUCGUACUGGGCCACCGAGUCGGCCAUGCAGGUCGACGUGCAGCCGUACAGGCUCGCGCUGACGUACCCCAAGGGCAACGAGAGCAGCGUCUUCACCUUCAUCAUCGGGUCGAACCCGCUUGGGCAGAAGCGGAACGUGGUGGAGUGGGGCGAUGUGAUGGGCCUGAACGUCAACGUCAGCGGGACCGUGGAUCUGAAGCACGAGGUUGCCUUCUGCGGUCUCGAGGGUGGUUCAUGCGACAGCGUCCACGGUUUCGAGUUCUGGAACUUCACGUACGUGAUGCCCGCUGGGAGCACGGAGACGCCGAGCAUCGUGUUGGACCUCGAGCUGCUGUAA